AUGACUUUAUUUUUCUCGCUCAAUAAGAUUAAUUAUAUAUGUGGUGUUGUUACCAAACUACAAAGCGUUUCGUUUGGCAUCAACAGUUGUUUAGUCCUAUAUAGUAAAAAGGGCGGAAAUUACUCCGUCAAAUUACCACGAGGAGAUUAUCAAAUUGAAUUAUGGGGUGCGCAAGGCGGUCAUGGCACCUAUAAAGCCAGUAGCAUUGGGGGCAAUGGUGCCUACGUAUACGGAAUCCUUAACUUAACAUCAAGUCAAAAAUUUGCCUUCUUUCUCGGUGAAAAAGGAAAAGAUGGCAACGAAAAUACAGAAGCAACCUCUUUCAAUGGAGGAGGAAGCCGCGGUACAGAUAAUUUCGAUAAUAACUGCCCUGGUGGCGGCGGGGGCGGUGGAACUGAUAUGAGAAUUGAAGAUUACAGAGCGAGAUACCCCUACCAACUCCGCAUUAUGGUCGCAGGAGGCGGCGGAGGUGGUGGAUGCUACGGUGAGGGCGGUAAUGGCGGCCACGCCGGCUUGAACGGUAAAAAUGGCAAUAAUAACGGAAGAAAUACAGCCGCUGGAGGUCAGGGUGGUACCCAAACCUCCGGAAAUGCCAUUCUAAACGGCGGCAAAGGUAGUAUCGGUGAUGAAGGCGGUGGCGGUGGAGGAGGUGGCUAUUUCGGCGGAAAAGGCGGUGCUGCUGGAUUCUUCUAUCGUGAUAUAAACCUAGCUAGCUCAGCUGGUGGCGGCGGAGGUAGCUCUUACGCAAGUGGAUCAGCAUCCUGCGUCAGCUACAAUUACGACGGAACUAGAAACUAUACUAAUCGUCAUCCUUCCGGCCUUUUCUUCACCAAUAUCAAAUUCAUUGGCGGAGAUCAGAGUAUGCCAAACCCCUUUGAUGCAGUAGGUGGCUCAAUUUCUGGAAAUGGAGCUGCACGUAUUAUUCGACUUGAUUUCAUUGAUAUGUGUAAGACUAUCAGGUGUCCAUUUAAUGCGUACCUGAGGCACAUAUUGACUACAUCUCUGUACUUGGGUUUGUUUUGA